CCACACUGCUCUCCGGCUCAGUCUCACACAGGGAUUAUCUGACCCCAUCAACACACUGUAUUCAAUGUCCCCAUCGCCCAGUGAUUUUUACUGACUCUCGGCCGGUGCCGGGCGCGGCAUUGCCUAUAUUUCUCCUGGUGUGGAAAGUGCGGCUGUGGGCGUGAUGACCAAGAUGGCGUGUGUGCUGGAGCCUCCGCUCCGGAUGAGCGUGCUGUCUGUGAGUAUUGGGAUGGGAGAGGCCGCACCCAGCCUGGGCACCAGGGGCCGGCCUGCCUGCCUGUCUGUGAGGAGGCUACAUCCCACCCCGGGGCAGCAUGGUGCCCGGCAGGGUGACUUCCCGCCUCAUUGGGGGUCAGGCCCGCUGGACAGCCGGCUAGUGCCCUGCCAGUCAAUCUUAUGCCCAACUCCAAGCACAUUGUGUAACUGUGUGUCCUGGUGUAAAACUCACUGCCUCUACAACCCCUGGGGGUCACAGUAUUAGUAAUAAUCACAUUGUCCUGCUAUAGCUACAGAUUUACUGCUCUGGGGACUUUAAUAGUGUAUUUUGUAUCUACAGGGGACACUUAUCAUGGCAAAAUAUGAGAGAUUUGCUCGGUGUUUACAGCUAUUCUAUUGGUUUCCAUGGUGACUGCUCCUUUUUAUUAGCACUUUGCCCCCAGAAUAGCAUUUAUUUUGCUUUAAUAAGUCCCUCCCUUAGUUCAUAUUCUAAGUCCUGAACCUGAUGCAGAGCUGACUGUGGCUUAUUAGAACUGGGCAAAUGUGUAAACUUUGCUAGGUUUCAUCAACCUGUGUACUUUUCUUUCAGUUUAGUUUUUUAGCAUUGUAUUAAAUAAAUAAAUAAAUAAUAAUAAUAAUAAAAAAAAAAAAAUAUAUAUAUAUAUAUAUAUAUAUAUAUAUAUAUUUGCUUAAUAAUACGCAAUCUAUGUAAAGGUCCAAGAGGAGAACAAUGUUUGCUAAGCCACAUUCAUAAAUUAGGAGUAUUGAGUGAAUACAAAACAUCAAGGCGGUAACACAAAAAUAAUCAGGGGCAUCCACGUGUAUAUUUUGUAGGUAAAAUUAUAGCCUAUCACUAUGGAGACUGUAAGUGGCAUUCUAAGAGUCAGAGAAGCACUACACUAUAUUUUGAGUUGGUAUGUGCAUUAGGUAUUUGAUUCGUGUUUUUUUUUUUUUUUUUUGUAGAGCAAUAUUUUAGGAUUUUUGAAAAGAGAAUAUGGAAUCUAUAUUUUUCAUCCUUGAGAAAUUAUCUGAACUCACCUUUGAAUUUAGAUAAAUAUGUUGUUUUUUUUGCUUAAAAAACAAGUACAAAAAUUAAAGAACAACUCUUAACGAGGAAUCGUGUUUGGAUAACUAUCCCCCAUCCUCCUCCUUCCUUCAUCCAUACUAAUAAAAAUAGUUUAAUAUUGUGCUACAUCUGUAAACAAACAAAAUAAAUUCUCUUUGUGUAUAAUAUGUAGUGGCGGUAAGGUUGCCGGAUCCACCAUGUUUUUAUGGACAUACAUAACUUAUGCAUGGUGAAGGGUUGCACGUGAAGUGUCUUAUGUAUAAAUAAUGUUGUCAUUUCUAAGAAUAAGUGUGAAUGAGUUUGGUCAUAUCUGUGUACUUUUUUAAAAUCAGUGUUGCAUUUAUAGAUGCCUAUACUAGCUUUAUGCAUGAGAACAGAAAAGGUCAAAAUAUCAACUCUCUUUGACUCUUCUGUUCUGUUCUUUAAAAAAAAAAAAAAUUAUUUUAUCUUGCAGGGCAGUUGACACACAAUCUUUUCAAACUAAAACUUUAGAAAUUCUAUAUUUCUUGUCUGCAGUAAAAUCCUUAAAAAAUAAUAGAUAACCUUUCUAUUUUGAAAAAGCUGGUACCUAUUUUUGGUGGUAGUAAUUUUAAUUGUGAGCCGAGACACUCACUAUGUUGCAGUUCUAUAACUUUGCUCUGGCCAAUUCUUUUAUGCAUACCCAAACUGUAUUCACUUCAUAUAAUUUGUUAUAUCUUGAUAUUUUGCUUUACAUUAGAAAUGGGUUUAACAGGGGACUAUAUUUGUCAGCAAUAGAAAAUGCUCAGUUUAUAGAUUACUUCUUUCUCACAUAUAGGUUGUUUUUUAAUGGGUGGACAUACUUUUUUUUAAUUUUGUAAAUACAAUGAAACAAAAGUGGCUAAAUCCAUGAUUGACAAGACUUGAGCAAUGUUUGCUAUACUGUUUUUACAUUCUGCCAAUGUACCCGUGACCUCUCUGAUGGUGAAUCUGCUGAUUAGUGUGUAGAAAUCUCUGUGUUGGCAUUGAUUGUGGAAGUAGAGAAGUGGUUAUCUGCAGUUCUUGUUAAACUAAAAGGAAAAUCUUUGUCUAAAAAUGCAUGCUACUAAACUUUUGUGUAAAUUUUAGUUAAUGCAUAGUUUUGCAAAUAUUUUACAAGCCCUAAAGCAUUGUAUUUCAUGAACUGCAGAACUGGCUUCUGCCACUAAUAAAGAUACAACACUUUUUUUUUUUUUGCCCAUGUUUCUUCCUUGUUAGUGCUUUAGAAGAAUUGACAUUACUAGUGUUCAUUGGUAGUGAUUUAACUGAGCUUUUCAUUGUCUUUCUUUCUUGUACAAAUUAUUUAGGAGGUCACGGCAAGCAGUCGUCAUUAUGUUGACCGACUUUUUGAUCCAGAUCCACAGAAAGUCCUGCAGGGAGUUGUGUAAGUUAAAACAAAAAUCUAAUGAGUUUCUCAAUCAAAUUUGAAUGCUUGAAUAUUAAUUUUAUAAUUGUUUAUAAGUCAAUAAAAAAACAGUUAUGCACUGUUUACAUUUUAAAAACAAUCGGCAUUCUAACAAUUGUAACUAUAGUUUAUAAUGGUUUUGAAUGGGUGAAAAUAAUAAAUAUGAAAAUGAUUAAAACUGCUGUAGCUGAAACACUAAGGUAUAAACCUCAAUAUUAUUAUUAUUAUUGCCAUUUAUAUAGCACAUACAGAUUCCGUAGCGCUUUACAAUAUUAUUAGAGGGUGGCUUUAACUAUAAAUAGGAUAAUUACAAGAAAACUCACAGAAAUGAUAGGUUGAGGAGGGCCCUGCUCAAAUGCGCUUACAGUCUAUAGGAGGUGGGUUUAAAGGCACUUUUUAAACAAUUGAAAACUAGUGGAGAGUCUGAUGGCUGUAGGCAGGCUAUUCCAUAGGAAGGGAGCCGCCCACGAGAAGUCCUGCAAGCGUGAGUUGGCCGUACGGGUGUGAGCAGCAGACAGAAGAAGGUCACGGGCAGAGCGGAGAGACCGAGAAGAGGCAUACCUAUGGAUCUGUGAGAAGAUAUGAGGGGCUAAGAUUAUUCAGUGCUUUAUAGGUAUGGGUUAGCACUUUGAAUUGACUCCUAUAGUAUACAGGAAGCCAAUGUAAGGACUGACAGAGGGGUGAGGUGUGAGAGGACCGACUAGAGAGGAAAAUCAGUCUGGCGGCAGCAUUCAUUACAGACUGUAGCAGGGCAGUACGGCUAUUGAGAAGACCAGUUAGGAGAGAGUUACAAUAGCCCAUGCGAGAGAUUAGUAGUUCAUGGACAAGCUCUUUAGUAGCAUCUUGUGUAAGAUAGGGGCGGAUGCGGGCUAUGUUUUUGAGGUGGAAUUGGCAUGAUUUGACAACAGACUGGAUGUGAGGCUCAAAGGUGAGGCCAGAAUCAAAAGUAACACCGAGACAAAUUGUUUGUAAGGCUAGGCUGAUAUGGGUACCACUGAUCUGAAGGGAGAGCGAGAGAGGAGGAUUAAUAUUAGGAGGAGGAAAGACAAGAAGUUCUGUUUUGGAAAGAUUCCAUUUCAGAAAGCGGGAGGACAAUAUAUUAGUCAUUGCUGCAUUCACAUUGUACUGCUGAGCUUUUCAGUUAUUGGAUCCCUCGUGAACAUUUCUAAACCAAUUGUUAUUAUUAUUAUUAUAGCUAAUAGCCUCAUAUUCUUUAUUUAGAUACCUCAGUUGCAAGCAUUGUUUGUAAAUUAUAUAAAAAUGUGAAAUGAAGCAUAUAAAUUUGUACACAUGUAUUAACUCUUUCUGGGGUCCUGGCUGGAUUGUCGAGUCAAAUGCACUGCACAAGUUCAAUAUGUCUUUACUACUAUAUGGUUUGCAGUCUAAAUCAGUUUAAUUUUUUUUUUUUAUAUAUAAAGCAAGUUAGUAAACAGAACCUGAAUGCAUUGGAAUAUAGCCACUAUGUGUUAAUUUGGGGUAAUGAAUCCCAGAUAUGCAUUUUCGAAUAUAUUUCCCGAAAUAUCUAUGGUUGUGCAAUCUAUAUACAAAUAGCAGUUUUCAAUUAAGGUUCAGAGAAUUUUGCACAACAUUGCUCCAUAGGAAAUCUUUCUUGAAAAUUGACUCUCUAUUGGUCUUUGAAUUCAGUAAAUUAAUAGUUAUGUAUAUGGCAUGGUUAGAAAACCAGAAAACAUUUGGACAUGGCAUAUAACUUGACUAUGACUAAUGUUUUUUACUUUUUGAACUAAAGACUCUUGCUUGUAUUUACGAAAUAAAGGAGCAGGGGUAAUCUGGUAUCUAUUUUAGUAAAUUAGUACCAAAAAACAGACCCAUGUACAUAAUACGGUGGCCAGGUAAGAAGAGAGACAAAUGUACAUUGGGAGAGCAAGAAAGAUGGAAGAAAAAAAAAGUAAAGAUUAUAAAUGAGGUUACAGAAAGUAGGGAAAAGAGAAUAUAUGUGUGAUAUGAAAUGUAACAAUAAGAUUUUGUUUUAGUAAAUAAAUGUCCAAAAGCACGGCUCCAUUCAUUAGCUACCCAGUUGGCAUGAAAAUCAAAUAGCCAACAUCAACAACCAAAAAAAAAAAGGUCAGAGGCCACAAAGGAUAGCGCUAUCAAAACAGAAAAGGCUGAAUUAUUAGUAUUAUUAUUUAUAUAGCGCCAGCAAAUACAGUAGUCCUGUACAAUGGGUGGACUAACAGACACACAAUUGUAACCAGACAAAUGGACGCACAGGAACAGAGGGGUUGAGGGCCCUGCUUAAUGAGCUUACAUGCUAGAUGGAGUGGGGUAUAGUGACACAAAGGUAUAAGUAGGGGUAAUGGAGGCGAGCAUCAGAUGUGGGAGUAUGGACAGAGGAUAGAUGUAGGUCUUCGGCAGUGCGCAGGGGCCUCGACGGGACAUACUUGUGUAUUAGGGGGGAUAAGUAGGUUGGAGCAGCAUUAUGUAGUGACUUGUAAGCAAGCACCAGAAUCUUAAAUUGAGCCAUAUAUCCAACUGGAAGCUAAUGUAGGAAUUGUCAGAGGGGGGAGGCGUGGGAGGUACGGGCGGACAGGAAAAUGAGCUCAUGUAAGAUCACUGAGCAGGGGAUUGCAGUAGUCAAGACGAGAGAGAACAACAGCAUGGACCAGCACCUUAGCCUCGUCUGGUGUUAAAUAGGGGUGGAUGCGAGCGGCAGGAUUUGGUGAUCAACUGGACAUGGGUGAAGGAGAGGUCAGAGUCAAAGAGAACACCUUGGCAGCGAACCUGCGAGUAUCAAAACACUAUGUAAUGGCAAGCAAAUCCAAAACAAUAAGGAGAGUUUGAUAAACUAUAUUGUGAGUGCAUUACCCAGGUGCAUGUUUAAAGGGAAUGGAAACUGGAAUAGAGGAUGAUACUGUAGCAUAACAAAUAGAUCCAAAAGAUGAUACCAACAAUCAGGCUCUGUUCUCUGUAGUAUGGAACAUGGUGUACAAGGAUGUUAAGCACACUCUUAGGGUUUUAACCCCUUAAGAACACAAUUUCUGGAAUAAAAGGGAAUCAUGACUGAAUAUUUCCGUCAUGUGUCCUUAAGGGGUUAAGUAACAUCAGACUAAGUCAAGUCAAGCCGAGAUCUCUUAAAACUCUGAUCCAGGCACAACUAAGAAGCUUUUGCUAUCCCUCAGUGAUCAGAGUUAGAUAUGUUACUUAUUACUACUUGACAAAUGUAGGCAGAGGCAGCCUGUCAAUUGCAGAUAGAGACCAGAGCCUUUAUGUUUCUGAACUCAAAGAAAUGUUUGGUGUAGAGUAGACUGUAUGACUUGGCAUCAAGAUAUUGCUUGGUAUUUUUUGUUCUACAUCCAAUAAUUAUUUGUAUAAAAUGUCCCAAUAAAUCAGGAGAGUCCUGGCAGUUGUGAUGAUUGUGAGAUUCUGCUAACUAGGUAGUAGAGAGUUAUGGUUGGUGCAGUUACGUGGUAGAAAGGGAGAGGUAAGUGAGGUAGCGGUCAAACAAAUAAGACUCAAUAGAUACAGUGUAUUUAUUUGUUUCACUGCUCCAAGGGAAUGCAUUUUCUUCAGAGGCUCGAGUGUUGUUUUGCACACACGCUGUUCAUAAUUCUUUUCCUAAAGGGACACUAUAGUCACCAAAAUGACUUUAGCUUAAUGAAGCAGUUUGGGUGUGUAGAUCAUGCCUUGCCGUCUCACUGCUCAAUUCCCUGCCAUUUAGAAGUUAAAUCACUUUGUUUAUGCAGUCCUUGUCACACCUGCAUGUGACUUGAGCAUCCUUCCUAUACCCUUUCUGUAAACUUGAGUCAUCUAAUUCUUAUACGUACUUUAAUGCAAAUUCUUUUUAAUUUAGAAUUUUAUCUCCAGCUUUAACAGCUUGCUAGACUCUGUAGGUGCUCCCUGUAUGUAAUUAAAGUUCCAUUUACAGAGCAAGAGAUAAAACCUUUUAAAGUACAGUAUAUACUAGAGUAUAAGUCUAGUUUUUCAGCACAUUUUUUGUGCUUAAAAACCCCCACUCGACUUAUACUUGAGUCACUGUCUGUAUUAUGGCAACUUAGAGAGCCGCGGCCGUCAGAGCCAUGGCAACGAUCCGCGCGGCAACCAGACCGCAAGACUUACAGUGGAGCUGACCGGAACGGAGGAGAAGGGAGCUGACAGGAGCUGCAGGAAAGGUAAGUAAAUGCUUCCUGCCGGCCCCCCCACUUCACAGCCCAUGCCACUGGACCACCAGGGAUUAAGAUAGCCCCCCCUCCCUGACCAGUUAACAAGCAGGGAGGGGGGACAAAAAAAAAUUAAAAUAAUAAAAAAAUAAUAUAUAAAAAAAUUAAAAUUAAAAUAAUAAAAAUGCCCUCCCCCCACCCGGUUCACACAGACUACACAAACACACACUCUGCAUUAUAUACACAGAGUGUGUGUAUAUAAUGCAGAGUGUGUGUUUGUAUGAGUGUGUGUGUAUAUAAUGCAGAGUGUGUGUUUGUAUGAGUGUGUGUGUGUGUGUAUAUAAUUAUAAAAAUCACAGAAUUUUAUAGCCCCAAGUUUUACCCUCGACUUAUCCAUGAGGCAUAGCAUAUUUCACAAUUGUUGGUCACAAAACUGCACUCGACUUAUACAUGAGAUCGACUUAUACACGAGUAUAUACGGUAAGUAUCAUCUGAUUAAAAGUGAAACCAUGUUUUUUCCAUGCAGGCUGUGUAAGUCACAGUCAAGGGAGGUCUGGAGAAGGCUGCAUAAACUGAAACAAAAAGUGAUUUAACUCUCUUAAGUGGUAGUGAAUUGAGCAGUGAAACUUCAGAGACAUGAUACAAAAACUGUUUUUUAAGCUAAAGUUGUUUUGGUGACUAUAGUGUCCCUUUUAAUAAAAGGGACAGUGACAAAUUUGGAACUUGUGUUACUUUUCGAAUAUGUGGGCAAAAUGAGAAUAAAAAUCCAGGUUAUGAUCUCUAAUACACAGGCUGUCUGUGAGACCUACACCUAAUAGAUUGUACACAACCUAUACUUAAUGUAUUAAUGUACACAAGCACAAAUGUUUUUGUUUGUAAAGCCAGUAAAGUAUGACUUUGCAAGCAACUCUUAUUUAUGUUAAACUCUUGUAGCUGGGAUAAACACAAUGGCUUGACAUUGACCUGUGAAACCAGGAAUCUCUUGUGCAAUUCCAAGAGCUUACCAGGUGUACUGUUAACAUACAUCCUUUUUAUUACUGCCUAUAACGUGAUCUAUGAAACUAGUUGGUGCGUUAAAGUAUUUGAUUUGUGAAAUUUAUUUUUUUUUUUAAUUCAAAAACAUCCUGUUUUGGGUAUUGACAGAGACAUGAAAAAUGCAGUAAUUGGAAACAACAAGCAGAAAGCUAACCUGAUUGUUUUGGGUGCUGUCCCAAGGUAAGUGGACCUACAAUAAUGAUCUCUGCUUUAGUGUACUAAUUAUUUGUAGAGUGCCAUUAUAAUCCACAGUGCUGUGCAAUAUGUAUACAAAUAAAUGAAAACAAACAUGUUAAAUGUUUACUCCAAACUAAAAUAUUGGUUUUGGUUAAGUUAACCCUUCCCAUCCUGCUACUCCCUGGUCAAAUUUAAAAAAAUAAAAUUCAACCUAACCUCUGUUCCAGUGCUGAGGUCAACUCCUCCCCUCAUCUUCGCCAUACUUUGCUGAAGGGGGAGGGAUGACGGGGCAGGAAGAGGGGUGGCCAUUCCGCUACUGGACGCCUUUCACCAGCAUGCUGCGUGCCUACAACAGACUUCCAAUGCACAAAAUUGAUAUUGGCGAGACCCAUGACACUGUCGGAAGUGAAGGCAGAGGGGUAGAACUCUGUAUGUGCAGCGUUUCAUAGCAAAAUGCUGCACAUACUGGCUCAAAUCACUGAAGUUGUCAUGGUGCUGGGUGUAUCCCUUUAAAAUGGAUGGAAAUCAAAUGUUUAAUAGCCCACCGCUCAAAAGAUUUUACCCGUUAGAGGAAGCAAUGCAUCUUGAAGAGAAGCGAGAUGGCGUAGUUCUCUUCUUAGAUGUGUGAAAUAGCUACAGGAUAAAAAGAUAACUAACAUGAAAAAAGUGUGGUAUGACAGGUGGUGUGAGGUGAGAUAGAGGUAGACUGAUGUAAGGAGAGGAAUGUGUGUCAAUACAUGCUUUCCUUAAAAUGGGUCUGUCAUAUUUUGGGAUGCUUGCAUAUUUUCCAAAAAACCCUGGUGGUGACUUUGCUGAUAGCUGUGGCCCAGGAGUGCAAGGGAAGGUAGGUUGUACUUACCUGAUGCUGUCCCUUGCAUUCACUUCCAUGUUGAUCAGUUGCGGGUAUUUCAUCUGUCAGGAACCGAUGUCUUUGGAAGAUCAUGGGAGAAUGCAGAAGCAUCUAUAGACCAAGCCAUUUUCCCCUUCGCAAUCAUUUCUGAUGGCUGGAGUCUUGACAAAGCUUCACAGCAGUAGCUCUGCCCUUUUGUCAAGUGUAGGAAAAAUACAUAAGACAAAGUCGGCUCUACUAUGUCUUAUGAAUUCUUCUCUGUGUGGUGGAAUUUCACUGAAACUCCAACACAUUCUUUAUUAGCAUAUUUAGAAUUUAUGAGCCAGUCACUUUAAGAAACGAGUUUUGACUGGUGAUUAAUAGAAAAAUUGAUUGGGCUUUCUGUAGAUGCCAUAGUUAACAAGUGGCGCAAAGAAAGGAGAGUUGAAAGUGCAGGUGUAAACAGAAGAAGAGCUUAGAUCAUUAGCAGAAAAGAGUGACUAAAAGGAUUUUCUUUCAGGAAGUGUUCUGGAGGAUUGGAGGAAGGCAGAUGUGGUUCCUAUAUUCAAAAAGGGUUCAAAAUCCUUGCCUGGAAAUUAUAGACAUGUGAGCUUAACUUCUGUGACUGGUAAAAUAUUUGAAAGCUUAUUAAGGGAUAAUCAAGAAUUCCUUGAGAAGAACAUGGUUAUCAGCAAAAAUCAGCACGGUUUUAUGAAGUACAGGUCAUGUCAAACUAACUUGAUUGCGUUCUACGAAGAAGUAAGUAGAAGUAUAGAUCAGGGUCUUGCAGUGGAUGUGAUCUAUUUGGAUUUUGCCAAGGCAUUUGAUACAGUUCCACACAAUAGAUUAGUGUUCAAACUCAAGGAUAUCGGUCUAGAUGAAAAUGCUUGUUCUUGGGUAGAACAUUGGCUUAAAAACAGAGUGCAAACAGUUGUCAUUAAUGGUAAAUUUUCAAGCUGGACAGAGGUGGCAAGUGGUGUCCCUCGGGUUUGUUCUGGGACCCCUUCUAUUUAACAUGUUUAUAAAUGAUCUUGAAGACAGCAUUGAAAGUCGUGUUUCAGUGUUUGCAGAUGACACAAAACUUUGUAAAAUAAUACAAUGUGAGCAAGAUAUUACUUUGCUGCAGAGGGAUUUAGAUAGACUGGGGGACUGGGCACUCAAAUGGCAGAUGAAAUUUAAUGUUGAAAAAUGCAAAGUUAUGCACUUCGGCGUAAAGAAUACACAAGCAACGUAUACCCUUAAUGGAGGCGAAUUAGGGAUAACAACACAUGAAAAGGACUUGGGAAUUGUUAUAGACAACAAACUAUGCAACAAUGUGCAAUGUCAAUCAGCAGUGGCCAAGGCCAGUAAGGUAUUGUCAUGCAUGAAAAAGGGCAUUUAUUCUCGGGACGAGAAUAUCAUUUUGCCUCUUUAUAAAUCACUGGUAAGACCCCAUAUUGAAUAUGCUGUGCAAUUUUGGGCACCUGUUCUAAAGAAGGAUAUUAUGGCACUAGAAAAAGUGCAGAGGCGGGCUACAAAAUUAAUAAAAGGAAUGGAACAUAUCGGCUAUGAAGAAAGGUUAACAAAUUUGAACCUAUUUAGUUUAGAAAAACGUCGCCUGAGAGGGGAUAUGAUAACAUUAUACAAAUAUAUUCGGGGCCAAUACAAACCAUUGUGUGGAAAUCUAUUCACAAACCAGACUUUACAUAGGACACAAGGUCAUGCGUUUAGACUGGAAGAAAGAAGAUUUUGUCUAAGGCAAAGGAAAGGUUUUUUUACUAUAAGAACAAUAAGGAUGUGGAAUCCUCUGCCUGAAGAAGUGGUUUUAUCAGAGUCCAUACAGAUGUUCAAACAGCUACUAGAUGCAUACUUGCAAAAACAGAAUAUUCAAGGAUAUAAUCUUUCAAUGUAGGGUAAUAACUGCUUGAUCCAAGGAUAAAUCUGACUGCCAUUCUGGGGUCAAGAAGGAUUUUAUUUCCUAGCUUGUUGCAAAAUUGUGCUUCAAACUGGGUUUUUUUGCCUUCCUUUGGAUCAACAGCAAAAAACAAAUGUGAGGAAGGCUAAACUUGAUGGACUCAAGUCUCUUUUCAGCUAUGUAACUAUGAUGUGUGUGCAAUUUAGAGCAGGUCAAUGUGCAGGUAUAGAGUUGUUGUGAACUUGAUAGGUGAAGGCCAGAAUUUUAAAAUGUAUCUUCUAGAACAUCAGAAGACUAAGUAAGGAAUGACAACGAAUUGAAACUGACGGCAACAUGUGCCUGAUGGGGUAAUGUGGGAGUUGAGGGAGAGUUUUGCGUUCUAGUAUUUGAGCUUGGAAAAAUAAGGUAUAUGUGUAGAUAUGAACAUGCUGUGCAAGUCCUUUCAUAUUACUAGUACACAAGCAUAUGCAGUCACGGCACCUCAUGGUAGUCAUGGUAAUUAGUAUUGUAUAUCAUCUGACAAUUUAGUGCAAAAAUGCAGGAAAUUACAGUUCCUCUUUCUAGAAAGUAUUAAAACUAUCCCAAAUAUGAAAGAUGAAGCAUAAGUGUGCAAAACCUGUUUAUAUUUAUUUAUGGCAGGCAAUCCUGCUUACUAAGUUCUGAAGUAUGUGUGCUAUGUAAUGCCCUUAUCAUUCCUUUGCAGGUUAUUAUAUUUGCUACAGCAAGAGACCUCAAGCACUGAGCUCAAGACAGAAUGUGCUGUCGUUCUGGGCAGUUUGUCCAUGGGCACUGAAAAUAAUGUCAAGUCACUUCUAGAUUGUCACAUUAUCCCAGCUUUACUGCAAGGUAAGGAUGACCUUAAUUUUAAGCAGACAGUUCCCACUUAGUAUAUGGACAUGAUAGUUCUAUUUCUCGUUUUUUUUGACCCAGUACAUCACACUGCAUUUCCAGGGUUGCUGUCUGCUGACAUACGAUUUAUUGAAGCUUGCUUGCGGUGUCUUCGUACAAUAUUCACCAGUCCUGUCACUCCAGUGGAGCUAUUGUAUACGGUAAGAACAAUUUCUUUCUGUUGACCUACACCCCCGUUGCAUGCUCACUAGAUUAAUCUAGGUAUUGUAAAAGUGUUUUUUUUUUUUAUAAAAGCUAAGUUAAGAGAUUUAGUUGAGAUUGAGUUUAUUUGAGGGAUAAAAUGAAAUGUGCUUUUUGGGACAUAUGCCAUUUAAUGUGUUACAUCCAUUUUUUGCUAGCUACUGCUACCUCUGUUGAUAGACUUUGCAUGCAAUCAAUAAAUGGUCCCUAACUUAGUCUCCUAUUCUGACAGACUAUAAAAAAAAGAAGGGUCUCUGGCAGCCAUGACUCUGUGUUUUGUGCUAAAUGUGUCUACUCCUGGUUGAGUAGCUGCUAGGCGUCAUUCAUAGCAAAACAGAAGAUAUUGGCAAAGACACAUUCGUGUUUUUGUUUUGUUUUGAAGUGGUAAUCGUGCCUCUUUUAACACAUUGUACGUAAUCAAACCAUUUUAGAAGUUUGACUUCUUAACAGGAACCCACUCCCUCUCCUCACUCUGUUAGAAAGCUGGAAGCUCUCUGUUUGAGCUAAGCCCAGCUGUGCAGGGUUUAACUCGUAGGCUGAGAGUGAUCAGCUGAUAUUCUCAGAUAAUUAGCUACCCUGCAUUGGACCUCUCUCAUUGAUGUAGAGGAGAUGGGGAGUGACGCUCAGCAGACCCCAGGUGAGAAAUCAAGUCAAUCUAAAACUGUGGGACUACUUACAAUGGGAGGCACCAGGAUGCCCAUAUCACCAUAACCACUACAGUGUACUGGUGUUGUUUAUGGUGCGUGGUGUGUUCAUUUAAAUAGUGUUUAGUUUAAAUCUGAAGAGACCUUUUCCACUAAAAAAACAAGAUGCUCUCUAAUUGACAACAGUGUUGCAUAAUUUUAACCCAAAAUAGACAUUUGAGUUAUUUUUUAUUCUUUAAAUCUAUUCUGUCCUAAGUGUUAAGUCUGUCAACCAGUAUAAAGCUACUGUUUAGUGAACAAGCUGGGUGACUUGAGUACACGUUGGCCAUCUCAUUAAGGGGUCAAUCUGUUGGAAAGUAGUGCUAAAUAUUUAGUUUGCAGUGUAAAUUCUGUGCCUUUUUAUAUAGAAUAAAAACAGGAAAUCUGUAUUUUGAAGAGAGUUAAAGGAUAGUAGUAUAGGGAAAGAAAUUGUCUGCAUCCAGAAAAGCUGUCAGAAGCACUCAUUUAUGUGUACAUAGUCUCUAUUGCACAUAAUAAAAAUAAAUGUGAUUAAUUCAUCAUUGGAUCAGGCAUAGGGAGUAAUGCUAUUACAGCCCAGCACAUCAUGCAUUUUGCACUACUGUAACAAUCACCAUAUAUAGGUUUUCCAGUAAUUUAUCUGUUUGUGUUUCUCUUUUCACAGGAUGCCACUGUUAUCCCCCACCUGAUGCUAUUACUCAGCAGAUCCCUAUAUUCUCAGGAGUACAUCUGCCAGAUUUUUGCCCACUGUUGUAAGGUAAGUAUCCCACUAUACAUGUUUGCCAAGUCGUAUGAGUAACCGAAUACUUUCUCUAUAAUACCGGGGCUAGUGUUAUCUAUUUAAAGGGACACUAUAGUCACCAGAACAACUAUAGCUUAAUUUAGUUGUUCUGGUGUCUAUAUCCUGCCACUGCAGGCUGUUUAAUAGACACCUUCAGUGGCAGUUACUCAGACAGACAUCGAGAUACUGCAUGGGUCAAUGCUGCACAGUUAUUUAGAGCUAUAGUGUCAAGAAUACACAUUUGUAUUCCUGACACUAUAGUUGUUCCUUUAACCCCUUAAGGACCAAACGUCUGGAAUAAAAGGGGUUAUGUGUCCUUAAGGGGUUAAGGUAUCAAGCACUGUAACCACUACUGCCCACUGUGGUGGUUAUGGAGCCAGGUUUGCCCUCCUGGAUUAAUUUGUCUCCUGCGGGAGAAGCUGGAUGUGUUCACUGAGCUAAUAUAAUAGCGUGCUCAUUAGUUUAGAGCGUUCCCCUCUGAUGCCUCAACCAAUGAGUGUGGCCCUGUUUAGCCCAGUGGAGCUGACCAGAUUUUUUUCCAAGGAGAAUCCUAUUGCAGGACUGAGAUCAUUGGUGCCCCUGGUAGGACACAGGGAAGCUGUUAAAUCAUUGUAAAACAGUUUGACAGUUAACUCUGGGAAGGUACCCAUGGCACCACACCAUAGUUACUACGAAGGGUUGUAGUGGCUAUGACGCUUGGAGUGUUCUUUAAAUAAAAUUAAAGGCACAUUUUGCUUUGUUUAUCUGUUAAAAUGCAUGGUUUUUAUUUUUAUUUUAAAGGCAUUCUCUGGGUUGGAUAUGACAACAUUGUUAAUUGCAUUCUGGAAAAAAAAAAAAAAUUUUUUGAAAAAUAAUAUAUCAGAGUGUUCCUUAUUCUGAGGUGCCUGCGGGAAGUUGUAAAGAUUAAGGAAUACAGUCUUGUGUAGUUUCAUGCAUCCUUCAAAAAUUUGGGAUUGUGAUGUUUCUGGGGUUGCCUGAAGCUUCAGUUUUUAAACUUUAUUUUAUGUUGUAAAAACAAUUUUGUUAAAGUGCCAGCAGAACUUGGCAUUAACAUUUCACCUUUACCCUGAUUUAGAAAAAAAACAAAAGUUAAGUACAUAAAGUCAAAAUAGUCCAUACUUUGUUUUUCAUAUCAAGGACUGUUGCUGCUGCUUUAAAAGGAGAUUUCGCCUCUGAAAUUUUGUAAUCACACAGUGAUAAUUUGGAAGAAGUGAGCUAAAUCUUGUAAAGCUCUAGGAAAAGGAUUGAAUCAAAUCAGAGAGUAUUUUCCCAGAGAGUACCGGUAUGUGUUUGUAUGAAAACAUAGCUUUUAUUAUUGUAACAACUAUAAAAGAUCAGGUUUAGGUAAAAAUUUAAAGCCGAGCCUCUGAUCUUAAUCUUUACAUACACCUAUUACAAUGAUAAGAGUUAUGUAUUAAUAUAAACCCGUAUUCUCUGGGAAAUUCCUCUCUUGGGCUAUGCUUUGUUUUGGUAUUUCCAAAUUAUCUUUGUUUUUAUUAUUGAUUUGCAUCGUAAGCAUAGCUAUCAUUGCCAACCUGAUGAACAGUAUAAACCACAGGAAUCCCAUGAAACCCACAAGUGAGCAAUCCAGCUGACAAUUUUAAGGGAUGUGCAAAAUCAUCUUCCUUGGACUAUCUUUAGCCAUUUGUGCCUAUUUUAUACAUGGAUCCCACCACAACUCGUAAUGCUUAUUCUUGCUACUCCAGCCUCAAAAUGAUGUUUGCCACAUGGCGAUGUUUGGUUAGAACAAUAGGUACUUGAGUGGGUUCCCUGUCAUUGAAUAUCUCUGCUGAGAAAAUGUGCAUACUCUGGAGUCCAUGUGCAAAGUGGAUACAGAUGCAACAUGUCAUCAUUGUAAGCCCCAUUAUAAACCCCUACCCAGAAUUGCUUAUUGCAGCUUAAUCAUUCCAGACUGAGUAACUUAGUGGGAAAACAAGCCUGCUGCCUUUUGUGAAAUGUAUAUUGUUUUAGCUUUGCUGUGCUGACUUUAUUGUAUCUACCAGAAUUUGUUACAUUUUUGUAUUCUCCAUAAUGACUAUUGUGGUUUGUCUGAUUGCUCUGAAAUGUGUAGUGUGUUAUUAUUAGACAAGUAUGGUGUAGGGAUAUUGUCAUGAUUGCUUUUUGCUUAUUUAUUUCAGGCCCCAGAUCACCAGACUAUUUUAUUUAAUCAUGGGGUGGUCCAGAAUAUUGCUCAUUUGUUAACAUCCAUGUCGUACAAAGUAAGAUUACAUUUAUUUUAUUUAUUUUUUCUGGUUCAGUGUCUUUAUUUAAUUUAUUGCUUUAUUAAGACUCUUGUAGUUCACAGAUAACUGUAUACUUCACACGUAGGAAGGCUAGAGUAAAAAAGAUUUCUGUUUUUAUUGAAUAACCUGAAUGGCCUUGAUUCUUUUUUUUUUUUUUAUUAAAUUAUUCAUUGCUCAUUUUGUAUUUUGGUCACGUAUUGGCAACUCCGCAGUUAGUUAAGUAUUACCAAGCACUAUGCUCGGUAGAUAAGAGAAAAUCAGAUCUGGCCUUCUGAUUAGCAAGCAGACUUGAAAGGGAAAAACUGUUUUAAUGUAAACUAAACAAACCUCAAAAUAUUUUCAGUUGAAGUGGAUCUGUCCCCUAUGAAUAUAGCAAAUGGUUUAUAUGUGGGACCAUAAUUUAUUUGUAUUAUAACAUUGUUUUAAAUUACAUUACAGAGUAGAAAUCUAACGGAGCACAUUUUGAAUAGGACACUUCCAAGGUCCACCUUGGUUACAUCUUAUUUCUCCAUAAAUAUUAAACAUGUUACAAAGAUAUAACAUUUAAAUGCAACUGACAUCCAAGGACUUUAAUAACAGUUUUAUUCUCUCUUCUUCCUAGGUACGCAUGCAAGCAUUAAAAUGCUUUUCUGUUUUAGCGUUUGACAAUCCACAGGUAUCCAUGACAUUAGUAAAUGGUGAGUAAAUAAUUUUUAGUUCUUAAUACUUGUAAACCAGUUGACUUCAAAUUUUCUAGUUGAGGGAUAGUUAACCUUUUAGUAGUACGGUGCCAAAGCUAAAUUUCGUAGUCUCUUGGCAAUGCCAAGGAUUUUGCUGUGUGCAGUUGCGUUGUACUUGUGCAUAUGUCGGCUGUUAUAUUACAGUAUACAUUAAUUAGUAGUUAGUUUGUAGUGUUGUGUAUGGAUUGUCAUUAUUCUUGAACUUCAGCAUGUUUGUUACUUCUGAGUGUUUCACACAGCUCCACAGCAAUACUGUCCCCAGAUAUAUUUGUCUAAUGUGCAGUAAUUUUGUUUUUAAAAAUAAAAUAUAGCUUGCCCUAAAUAACUCCGUCCUAUAGACAAUUAUUCUGCUCACCUAUAAAUUUGUAGAUUUUCCUUAUAUUAUUGCCCUUCCCCCAGUUACACCUACUCACCAAAAUAAAUGUCCCUUUCAACCAAUUGUUAUAUCAGGUGUGUCAGGGGUAAGAUUUACUCAUCAGUUAAAGGAUUUCUUCAAACCUUUUUCAUAGUUAAAGGGACACUCCUAAAUUAAGUUGUUAUGGUACCAGGAGGUCAUCGGGCACACUUUUACCUUAUGGGGUUAAACCGCCAAAGAUUGUCUCCAGCGCCAAUUUUCAGGUUCCCCAUGCGACAUCUGGCUUCUGAAAUUGAGUUACAGGAAGCAUUUUCUGUAUGCCCCUCCACCGCCUCCAAAAAAAAACGCUCAAAGAACGUUUUAGUGUACGUUUUUUCACCUUAAACAAAUGCUGGGAAAAGUUGCUUGGCUCACCCCCUGUUAACGUCAUGGGAACCAUACCAAGGUCCUAUAAAAUUUGUUUGGAACAUUUUACCAGCUCAGUGUGCAUGAAUGUUCACUCAGGGUGGGAGUGAGGGGAGACCAGCUUCUCCCUUGCAGGCUGCAAGGCAAUAAUCAUGUUUGAGUAGGGCCUUCUUAACCUCUUUUAUGUCAAUUGUCAGAUAUUCCAAUUCUUUAAUUGUAAAGUUCUAUGGAAUAUGGUGGGGGCUAUAUAAAUACUACUAAUAAUAAUCUUCUGAUCACCCAUUCUUCUUCUUUCCACAGUUCUGGUUGAUGGAGAAUUGUUACCACAGAUCUUUGUGAAGAUGCUACAGAGAGAUAAACCUAUAGAAAUGCAGCUGACCGCUGCUAAAUGGUAACAUCAAACAAAAUCCUUAACUCUGUGAUCUGUACUGAACAAAAGACAUAGCACCAUGAUUUAUUUCUUUAUGUAUUGUUAAAGUAGUGAAAUGAAUUCAUUGUGUGCUGGGAAAUAUUUAAUUUCUUGUUUGAGAAACUCGUCAUUGCUUGCUUCCAUUGGCUUUAACUUGUCACAGGUAAAUGCGUGUGGUGUGCUGCUAAAUUGACUAAAAUGCACAGGAAAGGAAAAUCCUUGCAUACAUACAAUAAAUGUUUUAUAUAAGCAAAUUAUGUAGAUGCUGUAUAAAAGCAUCUAUCUUUGAUCAGAAGCCUAAGGAUCGGUCACAUACUGUAGCCACUUCAUGCCUUAUCUGUAUUUUUAUGUUUAGGUUUUCAAGAACUAAAGUAAUAUUUGGGUUAACUAGAGAGUGAAGUGUAUACUAUAUGGAAAAUAAGGGAGUGUAGCAAGUUCACACAUAGGUAAUGUGAAAUCCAAUGAUAUCCAAAGGUCCUGACACUAAUGGUCAGUUAAAAUAUGCAUCUUGAUCUCCUGAAUGUUAUUUGUAUGUUGGCCAGCUAUGCAAAGUAACCCUACAACCAAUCAAUGUCAAUGGUAUUCAUAAUAAUGAAUGAGAGCGAAAAUAAGCCGGCACUAAAAAUCUUUUUUUUAAUUUUUUUUUUAGUUUAACAUAUAUGUGUAGAGCGGGAUCCAUUCGAACGGAUGAUACAUGCAUUGUGUUAAAGGUAAGUAGAAUUUUCUUGUUUAUAUUUGUACGUUAUACAGUGCUUAUAUAUGUAGGUUAUCUCCUUAUGAAUGUUCUAACUUUGUAAGAAGUUGGAUGAUUUGCAUGAGGAAGACCAUUUGCCUUGUGGGGUAUCUGCUACGCCUCACUGAUGAGGCCCCAUGAAGGCCAAAACCCCAAAUUAGGUGUCCUUGAUAAUAUGAUGGAUAGUCAGUGGCUUGGAGAGAUACAUCAUAUUCAUUAUGCCCCAAGCAACUGUUCAUAUUACAUUUCUUUUCUAUAACAGAACAGCUUUAAUCAAUACAAUGUAGAAGCCUAUGAUAAUGUAAAUAAUUUAAAGUAUUUAUUUUGUAUUAGAUUACAGAACAAUUGAAGAUUGUGUCAUUUGUGUUGUUAUAGAAUUAAAGAAUUGGUCUUUAAAUAGAUGCAAUAUAAGAAAUUUAGGCCCCUGUCAAAUAUGUUCUUGACAAAUAUUGAUAUGUGCGUAUAAUUUUAUUUUGUGUUGUAUUCAUGGUAGGUCUUCUACCAGGGUGGGCAAUAUGUCUCCAACUUAUUUUUUAUUGAUUUGGCACAGCCAACAAUGCUUCCACUUCAGCCACAUCUCAUGCCUGAAUGAUAAAGUGUUGAAAUUGACAACCAUUAUCAUUUUAUUGAUGUAGUUAUUUAUGCAUAUUUAAACCUAGAAUCUCACCAUUUUAUUUUAUUGCCUGCUGCCUCUUUCAGACCCUUCCCUGCUUGGUACGCAUGUGUAACAAAGAGAGACUUCUGGAGGAAAGGGUGGAAGGUGCAGAAACGUUGGCUUACCUAAUUGAGCCUGAUGUGGAGCUGCAGAGGAUUGCCAGCAUCACUGACCAUUUGAUCUCCAUGCUUGCCGACUACUUCAAGUACCCCAGCUCAGUUAGUGCCAUCACCGACAUAAAAAGGGUGUGUAUACUUUGUUGAUUUUCUUUACACCUGGAGCGUGCUGAUCAAUAGUGACAUUGUGGGAACUGUCGUGUGACUGAAUGCAUGCUUGUUUUUCUUUCUAUGGCACUGAUGACUCCAAUCUGAAUUGACGUGUAUGCAUGUGUUCUCUAAAGUCUUAUUACCAUACUGUGAUUAUUAAGUUAGCUGUUUUAGGAAUGGAAUGUAUGCAGUAACAUGUGAUUAUUUGUAUAAUAGGCUAUUGAUUUCCUUUAAUAGUGGUUCUCAUUGAAGGACCACCAUCUAUUCAGGAUAUAUGAUUUACCCAAUCCAACUAGGGAUAUAAAUAGAACCUGAACCGUCCUGAGACUAUCAAACUGUAUAAAGGAAUAUGCUUAAAAUACAAGGCAUUUAUUAAACAACUUCUUAAUGUUCGCAUCUCUUCAGGUGUAUAUAUAUAUAUAUAUAUUUUUUCUUCUCUAUAAGAGGUAGGAUAGUCAUUUUGUAAGCACUAGGGCUACCAGACAUUCAUCCCUAAUAUGAAAUGUCAUUAACACAUUUAUAAACUAGACAUGUGCAAAAUGCAUUUCAGCUGGUUCAAACAAAUCAAAUUCCCUUUAAACUAUGCCCAGAAAAAUCAAUCUAUCUGGGGUUUACUUAUGGAGUUUAAUUUAAUGAGUAAGACUCCUCUGGUAAAUCCCAAAUGGACCAAUUUGUUUGGGCUUAGAUUAAAUGGAUUUUGAUUUGUUCGAACCAGUUGAAACAGAUUUUUGCACAAGCCUAGUUCAAACAAUAUCCUGACUUUUUUAUUUCUGAAGUCCCUGCCCCAAUUUUAGAGUUCUUUUUUCCAUAUCCUGUAUAAGUCAGGAGGCAGCCUCUCUUCACCCCAUAUCGCUCAUCUUCAAUAGGCUGCAGUGCGUAGAGGUUACUCUCUAGUCCCCCUUUCCAGGGUUUCUGCUCCUUAUUGGUCAGCACAAACCUGUCCUCUUUUCCCUCUUCUUUUCCUGGCAAUUUACACUGCAGCACAGAGGAACAGGGCAGACUUUCACUGGUCCAGAGGAAGCAGAGCCCAGAGGGACUGGGGAUGAAUCCCAGUGUACUGCAGCCUCUAUUACACUUCCAUUGUCACAAAUGACAUCGUACACCCAACAUUGCUCCCUGCUGACUGCAGAAGAGAAGGUGAGGAUACUUUGACUUUAAUUUGUCUUACUCUCCUGGUAAGUGUUUGCCUGUCCAAACCAGUUGCCUAAAUUUAAAGAGCUCACUAUGUUUUUGUGAAUGUUUUUUAAGUUUCACACUUACACUAUGUGUUUCUACUUUUUUAUUGUUUUGUGUUAUUUUAUUUUUUUGCAUAGAAUUCCUUUUUACUUUUGUGAAAUUUCUACUAGUUGUUUUGUAUGUUAUGCAUGCUUCUGUUCUGAUUGAUUGUUAAUUUUUUUUUAAAUUUCAUUUCAUUUUACUGGAAUAUCUGUUGAUGGAAAUGUAUUUCCCACGCCACUCUUUUCCUUAAUACUAAUUUAGUAGCAGUGUUUUUACAAAAUGGGGGAAAAAAACUACAAUUCUUUAGUGAAACAUCCAAGAGAUUUUUUUUAUAGUAAACUGUCCUUUUCCUGACACCACAACCCACCCUGUCUGAUGGGCUUCCUUGCCUUCAGCACAGAGAGGCUGCUACUUGAGUCACUACGGAACUCUGUGAUUAUUGGCUAUCUCAUUUUUUUUCAUUUUUAUUUUUUCUUCUUGUCCAUUCCUGUAAUGCCAAGAGUAAUAGAGUAGCACUGCAAGAAGCUCAGAAUUGAAAGGGCAUGGGCAGUGAAUCAAAAUCAUAUUUAUCUUUACUGAACCCUAAAUCAAAUGGGUUGACUAUGCUUUUAAGGGAUUGUGCACUUUGUCUAGUGCAUAAGUAAUUAUUUGGGGUAUGGAGGAUUUGUAGCAGUGAUAUGGUCUAAAAGGUGGUGCAAAUUGCCAAAGUAGUGUAAUCAUUGUAAAAAUACCAGUGAUUGGCCAAUAGUUAGAACAUGAUUAGAAACCAUUUUUUAGCCAUUGGUUACAUAGAAAAAAGCUCUACAAAAUGUGAAUUUACAAAAUUCUGAAUGUGUUUGGGGCAUGAUUGGAAGCAGCAGAAUGCUGGAUGAUUUUGUCUUAUUUCCUUAUUUCUAGAUAAGACUGCUUAUUUAUUAACACAGACUGAAUGAGUAUUUGAUCAAGGGUGACAAAUUGAGUUUGGUUGGGUUUAGUAAAGCUACAGAAAAGUUGCUAUGUUUUUUAUACUAUUGGCAUGGUGUAGUGUGAUCUGUGUCUGUAUUCCCUCUCACCGUGUAUCUGUUUUUUUUUUUUUGGCCCCAGCUUGACCAUGAUUUAAAGCACGCCCAUGAGUUGCGCCAGGCUGCCUUCAAACUCUAUGCAUCACUUGGAGCAAAUGAUGAAGACAUCAGGAAGAAGGUGAGUCUGGGAGAGGGUCGCCCCCCAGUCCUGUCAGCCAGCAGACAGGGUGUGACACCCACCUGAAAAAGUCGCGGGAAGAGAAUUAACAGUGACUGUCUUGUUUUAAAUCAAAAGGAGAGACUGAGAGAGUUAUCAGAAGAAUGAAUGAAUGGGUCAUGCCUUUGGUUUUGUUGUAAUGCCAUUAGAAAACUAGCAUAGCAUAACGGUACGAGGAUGACCAAAUAUCAUGUUUAUUACCUGUGUUUAGCACUAGCACUGCACAUUUUUUUAUGCAUGAUAUAAAUAUUUUAUGUAGCGGCUUAGAAGUCAAACUCCUUAUAUAUGACAUUGGCCAUUUUACACAUGUGCAAAAUUACACAUUCAUCCCUUACAACGAAGUCUAUAUGACAUUGCAAAGCAUUAUUUCUCUAAACUCAGGACUCACAGCAAAAAUUACUAAAAUUUCUACCCAAUUAUCUGUUAAACAAAUCUUGCAUGGCUCACUUCCUCCUAGAUCUCUACUCAUAAUGAAACACUCCAAGCACCAUAACUACUGACCACCCGCUGUAAUGGUUAUGUUGCCAGGAGUGCACUGGUGUCAUCCCACGGUAUGUACUUAAACCGUUUUUGUAUGAUUAACAACUUACCUGGGCACUGACACCACAUCUGGUCUUCUCCUGCAGGAGAAUAAACAGAUGAUCCAGAACUGGGCUCAUGGACUAAGAGCGCUCAGCUGAUGCUCUCAGCCAGUGAGCAUGGUCCUGCAUUAAACUUCUUGGCUCUGUAGGGCUAACUGGAUUCUCCUGCAGCAGAAGACUGGAAGCAGUGGUUGCGGGCACCCAGCAGUACCCAGGUAAGUUGACAGACAGUACAAAAACGGCUUGGCGCCUUACCAAAGGACGGCUCUAGGGCACUCCUGGUACCAUAACCACCAAUGCAGGUGGUUGUGGUUACGGUGCUUGCAGCAUUCCUUUUACGGUUAGAAAAUAAAAUGCCAAGAAUACAUUUCAACUGUCACAGGUCCAUAGUUUAAAUUCCAGCAACUUUUACUAAAUUACAGUUAUAAGGCCGAGAUGGAGAUCUGCCUUUGGGACACAUUGUGUCUCGGGGCCUGAUACAGAUAAAGGAGAGAGAGUGCCUAGCCUAGAAUAUACCCAGUUUGUGACUCCUUCAAAUUUAGAUUGACCCGUAAUAAUAUAUGUGGAUUUAAGAUACUAAUGAUGUUUUGUCAACACCUGAAAUUAAAUGCAAUCACUCAACAUAUGUGAAACACAGAGGUGUACAAACUAUAAAAUGUAUGCACUAUGUGCAAAAUGCUUCCAUAUUAUAUGUUUAGCACACAUCCAUUGUCUAAACGCAUUCUGUUUCUAAUGGCCCAGCAUAUUCUUGAAAGAUUUCCAAUGGGGAGGUUUUUGUCACAUGCCAGAAAAUCACUGAUUUAGAUACUGUACAUUUUGAACAGAUGCUGUUAGUCCAGUAAUGUGUAUUAUUAAAUUAAAUAUAUGGUUUCACAAAUGCAAUUGUUGAAUUUAUUGCCUCUUGAUGUUGGGAAAUUUGAAUCCAUCAGCAUAAUUUUCGACUGGAUAAAUCCUUCACUACCAAAACUGUAUAUACAUGUUUUUGCUUUCAUUUGCUUUGCAAAACAAAAUGUAUUCCAUAAAUCCUCACUUACCUAUAUUUAUAUUAAAAAAUGAAAAAAAAAUCGUCAUCCUAUGGAGGAACACAUUUCUCUGUCAGGAACUCUUUCCACACAUUUAAUGUCUGCAGAUAACCUGAAAAUGACAUAUCCUGCCCCUUCAAAACAAUAAAAUAAACUUCACAGAACAUGCCAUCCCUAUAGUCACAAAAUGGUAUCUUUCGUACGCCUCUUAGCAUUAAAAUAGCUUUACAGGGAUUUAUUGUUUUUUUUUUUUUUUUUGUUUUUUUUUUAAAUAGAAAUUUAACUUAAUUUAAGUGGGGAUUUUAUUCUCAAAUGCAGACAUUAUUUUUAUAUUUUAUACGUUUACAUAGGCUGAAGAAAAAUACUCUGGUCAGUCAAUUUCCGCUUUUUGUGUAUCCGUAUUACUGUUGUUGAUCCAAAAGGCAAAUCAAACCCCUUAAUGAUCUUCCUUAGGUUAUAUAUCUCAUACAGCUAGAGAAAUGCUGAGACAGUAAAUUGUUGCUCUCAGCCUAUUAGCACGCCUUAUCUGUUUCUUCAAAAUUGAAGUCUCGAUCAUUGAUGGAUGCGUAAAAUACGAGAAACAGGCGUCUGGGACCUCCCGGCACCAUAACAACUUCAUUAAGGUUAAGUUGUUCUGGUGACCACUGUGUUCCUUUAAAGUGAACCUGUUAUGAAAAAAUUAACUUACCUGCAAUCGCUCCCAUAUAUAUUGAAUACACCAAAUAUCACAAGACACAUGAUGUAUUCAAUGUAAAAUACAAAGAUUUACUUACUUUUCCUCCUUUCCAGCGCUACUUUGUACGUGUUACUCUCACCUCAGGACUGUCCUCCACUCUGCCUACACUCCUCUUGAAGUCUUCUUUGAUUUGCCCUGCUUGGGAUGCAUUCCCAAGCAGGGCUAAUCCUGUCAGUGACAUUGGCAAGCUGGCUUCCAAACGGAGUGACGACAUGUCACUCUGUUCCUAUACUCCCUAAAAAGUGCUAGAAGCGCCUGCUAGGGAGUUUCCAUAGCAACAAAAGGGCAUGCGCUGUGCAAGGUGUUUUCUGCUCUCCAUUAUCUGUUAAUGCCAUGGCAUGCCUAGGAAUUGACUGACCGCUAGGAGGAAAAUAUUUUCAAGUAGAAAUAUUUUUCUCCUAAUCUAUACAUUUGCUAGAAAAACUGCUAGCACAAUGUAUAGAUAAAAUGUUAUGCAGUUGUUUGGCGCGUGACAGAUGCCCUUUAAUGAAUAAACUACCAAAGAACUGUUUUUGUACUGGCCCUAUACUUAUUUGUAUAAUGUUAUCAUAUCCACUUUGAGUUUCCCUUUUCCGCAUGUAGAGACAUUAAAGCUUUUUCGAGUUUCUUCAUCACUAAAAAAUUUUAUUUCCCUAAUUAAUUUUGUAGCAGCCUCUGCACUCUUCCUAGUUCCAUAACCACCUCCUUCUUUGUCCCAUGAAUUAAUACCCAGUUUUAUGCUUGACACUACCUUACGGGCCUUAGCACUGCUACCUGACUUUGCACAUUGUUGCUUAGGCUGUUUGCUUCCUAGUCUUUGUAAUUUAUUUCCCUAACUUGGUACUACUUUGGAUAUAUGUUGCAUGUGCAUUCCUCACUCCAAAAUACAUAACUUUGCAUUUAUCUACAUGCCACUCAGUUGCCACUUGGCUGCAUGUAUUAUGUUGCUUAGUUUUGUGUCCUCUGCAAUUCCUAUUGCAAAAAUAAUAAUAAGCAAAUCAAAGAGAAUAGGACCCAGAACAGACCCCUCCACUUACCACCUUUGUCCAACUUGUACAUUUUUCCUAUACCAACCAUGCAAUCAGAUAGCAAUUUUCAUCUAAACCAUCUAAACCAGUUGCUUUAAAUUUUGUAUAGUAACCUAUUGUGAGGAACCAUAUCAAAUACCUUGACAAAACCCAAGUAGAUUACAGCAACUGCAAUACACUGAUCUAUUCUGUUACCAUUCUUCGUAAGAUGUUAAGCUGGUAAUGCUAUCACAGUCCUUACCUACUAGCAAGAUAUUUGACAAAUUUGAUCACUUUUUGUCAUAUAUACUCUGUGACAAUAUUUUUUUUUCCUUUUAUAUUAAUAUUUCGUACCCUGUGUGAAAUAUUCCAUAAGAGAUGCUGUAUACUAACUGUAGAAACAUCGGAGGAAUGAAAAGCUUUAAAGAAUGAAUCGAUUACAUGAAAAAUAAAAAUUACUUAAAUUUAUAUAAUUCUCAUUGUUUUUCUUAACAGCAAUGUGUACACAAGUUUGUUGUUUUUAUCAUACAUUUAAGUACUAGCUAUGGACCUCGUGUUUGAAAUAAAUGUUAUGUUAAUAUUUUUUUCAAACAAAAAUUGCUUGGUACUGAAGGGACUAGGUGUAUGCCAUAUGCAACAAAUUGCUGAGUUGCUUCAAAGCUUUAUCUAAUGCUUUAAUUGUGAUGUGCCCACAUAUAAUACAAUAUUUUUUUUAUGUACAUAACAAUUCUCAUGUAUUUUUUGUUGUUGCUAUUUUGAUGUGUGUUUUUUAAUCACAUUUCUAUGAAUGCAUGCUUCUAAAGUAUCCCAAUUUACAGGUCCUGUCUCGACUUUAUUCCCUGGUGUCUGGCUUUUUGGGACACAAGGGAACUCCCCACAAAAAGUGUAGUGCAAGCACAUCAUUCCACAUGCUCAUGCUGCACCCGGGAUACUAGGACUCUGCAAAGAACACUAAAACAGUGCUCCCUGCACGGUCUGCCCUCAGAGGGCUGGCAUUCACUCCUGCCUGACUUGCCGGUAAUGUGGACUGACACGCCACCUUUCUAGGCGGUUUGCCCCGUGGGUGGAGCCAGUGAUGCAGUCGUAUCACUGGCCUGCCCCCUUUAUCCCCUUCUCAUUGGUGGCCUGCUUUUGGGAACAUCAAACUUGGGGGUUCUGCAAAUGUAUAUUGCAAGUUUGAUGUAGACAUUUUGCCAAGUGUAUAAAUGACAAUAAUAAGGAUAUGAAUAUUACUUAAAACGUCAAUAAGACUGCACAUUUUUAUAUUGGAAAAAACAUGAAUAAAGUGAAGGCAGAAAUUAAAAAAGAUGUGUCUAAAUGAAUAAACUGAAGUAUAGAUAUUCUUAACAAUUUUAAUACCAGAAAGUGAUCCACCCAAGAUAGCUCCCUAGGUGUCAUGGAAUCAACCAGAUAAAAGAAAUAAAAGGGAACAGCAAUAGAAUGAUGAAAUAUCAAUUGCAGUGUGAUGAUGUGAGAUACUGCAGUAUGCCUGGUGAGCCGUUCAGCCUAUGCCCAUUACAGGCUGGACACAGUCCUCAGAGAUUGUGGAAAUCUUCAGGCCUAGUGGUAUAAGUACAGACAAAAGGUCCAGUGUAGGCUGUUGAUGUCCCCUUCACAACUCCUAUAGCUGUAGUGUUCCUGUGCUUGCCUUAGCAUGAAGGAGUGAUGCUGGUUUUGAGAUCACCUUCCUUAGGUUCUGCCGGGCAAGUAAAGAUUUGCCCUUAUCAUGUUACCAUGUUUUCAUAGGAAGUAUAUCAUAGACUUGCACUUAGUUUUUCCUAAAAUAGCUCAGUCUCCUUUUUCGUUUCUUAUAUCUGCUACGAAGAAAGGUUAAAAAAUGUAUACCUCUUUAGUUUAGGAAAUCGUCGCCUCAGAGGGGAUAUGAUAACAUUAUACAAAUAUAUCCGGGGAAAAUACAAACCAAUUGUGUGGAAAUCUAUUCACAAACCGGACUUUACAUAGGACACAAGGUCAUGCAUUUAGACUGGAAGAAAGAAGAUUUCGUGUAAGGCAAAGAAAAGGUGUUUUUUUGUUUUUUUGUUUUUUUUUUUACUGUAAGAACUAUAAGGAUGUGGAAUUCUCUGCCUGAAGAAGUGGUUUUAUCAGAGUCCAUACAGAUGUUCAAACAGCAACUAGACGCAUACUUGCAAAAACAGAAUAUUCAAGGAUAUAAAUUUUCAAUGUAGGGUUAUAGCUUCUUGAUCCGAGGAUUAAUCUGACUGACAUUCUGGAGUCAAAAAGGAUUUCCCCCUCUCCCCCCUAAUUUAUGCAAAAUUGGAAGUGCUUCAAACUGGGUUUUUUGCCUUCUUUUGGAUCAACAGCAAAAACAAAUGUGAGGAAGGCUGAUCUUGAUGGACGCAAGUCUCUUUUCAGCUAUGUAACUGUUAUAUCAAGUGGCCUUAAAGCAAUGAUCAUCAUGUGAUUUGUCUUUUUCCUUUGUUAGAAACAUACAUUAAAGUACCCCCUAUCUCACCCAAUAUCUUAAAAAAAAAAAAAAGUGUUUUAAGAAUGGGGGCUAAGUUACCUCGGGUCUAGAGCUAAUCCCACAAAUCUCAGUGGAGCCCAAACUUUUAUUGUGAAAUUUGAAUGCCUCCGAUUUAUGGAGGGCAGACCUAUGCAUUUUUUUUGUAUAUGCAAAACCGGUUUGCUGUCACUGAUGACGCUUUUAAUGGCUUACUAAUAGCAUAACUCAAAAGUCCUGGGUUACGCAGUACCAGUUUCGUGGUCCUGUCCUGCUGCGCAACAAUAGCGCAAGCUCAUACUUUGUAAACAGUGCUGUAUGCAUGUGCAAACUUGAAUGCAAUACAUUCAUGCCACAAUGAUGUCCUGUCUCCUCUAGGAAUGCUGAAGUCAGAUAUAACUGUCUCUGUCCUUUUACUCAACUUGUCUCUUGUACACAGACACCAUCUCCCCCUCUCUCUCUCACAUCAUCUCUCUCCCUGUCCUUCUUACUAAACCUCAAUGUACCCGUCUCCUGUUUCUAUAAAAGUAGACAUUGACACCUCUACCCUUUUAAAAUAUUUUUCAUGAAUUCAUGUUUGUUUUUACUUUCUAUUGGGGAACAUAGAUUGUGUACGUAGAACAGUCGGGUAUUUGUUAAUGCUUCAGAAAAUCUGCCAGUCUUCACAAGGAUUAAAAAUCAUUUUUUAAAGCCCUUGUGCAUAGCAACAAAACAGGACUUUAUCAAAAAAUUGAAUAAAAAUAAUUAAUCCAAUAAAAAACCCUGUCCGAUAAAAAUACCCUGUCAAACUCUGUAUUUUGGAAUAUGAUGCACUACAAAUCUGUUCUUGUUCCUUACAUUUCUUGUAACCGCAACUAUAAAAUAUCCAGUUGUAAAACAUUUGAUGUGCAGCACAUUACUUCCCAUGAAGCAGAAAAGCAGUUUACUUAAAACAGCCUCGACAACUUUUGGGAGUCUCGACAACUGUUUGAAAUAUGGGAAAAGGCAGGUGAUAUAUCUUCUUUAGUGACAGUAGUAGAGAAGACUGAAUUGAUGGAUAGAAGGAUAUGUUUAAAACCUAAAUAUACAAACUGACGUAUCUGUUGAGAAUGUAUGGUCUGUGUAGAUCCUCUACAAUAUAAAUCAAUAAUAGUGUUAUUUAGCUAGCAGUUCUGUCAGUGAAAAAUCUUUAUGUAUAGUGGAUUUUAAAUAUCUGGCUUCUGCAAGCAUUUAAUAAAUAAAAAUGUUUGUUUUUAUUAAUCCAUUAAAUGAAAGAAGGUGUUGGGAUCUUAUUAAUAUUAUUAUUACACCUAACUUCUUUUACUAGAGUUUACUUAUCAGUUUUAGUGAUAAGUACCAGUUCUCUGUCUUUGAUGUAGUUAAAGAAUCAGCGCUGUUCUUAACCCAGAGUUACAGACCCCCAACAAUUCCUCUUUUAGACAACAGGGCAGAUAUUCCUUUGCUCUGAAUAUCACGUUAGAUCUACCUGCCACAUUCAAUGAAUGUCUUAUUGUGGACAUGAUUACAUAAGGUGAGGAAAUGUAACAGGAAUACAACAGUACAAUUGAAGUGGCUAUAGGCUUAGUUAACACUAAAAUACUAGAGCCCACAAUGGUAUUGAACUAUGUGUUUAUCAGAAAACACUCUGAGCGAGUUUAGAGGUUCAAUACAAUGUUAUUUUUAUUUUAUUUUUUGUAAUUAAGUUAUUUGGCUGUUUAUAUUAAAAGACAGAGUUAUCCUUUUCUUUGUUUUUUAUUGCAUAGCCCAACACUUUCUUUUUUCCAAUAAAAUAAGUAUAUGCAAUUUUUUUUUAUAAUGAAGUCCUGCACACUGGACAAGAUGCGAGAUUACUGGAAGCAUGUACUUUAGAAUUAGUCACAACAGAAUAACUGAAUAAGUUACUUGGGCUGAAAAGACACGUGUCCAUCAAGUUCAGCUUCUCUUGGAUAUGUUUUUGCUGUUGAUCCAAAUAAGGCAAAACCCUUGGAGUCAUGUUAAGAACAUGUUAAGAAUGCCUGCUCUGACAGUGCCAUUUGUGAAAUCUCAAAACAUAAGAGUAAGAAGUGGCAGAGGUCAACACAAUUCCAGUUACAUUUUAAGACCAUAUUAUUCACUACUGGGAACACGCAUAUUAUUCACUACUGGGAACUCACAUAAAUGUUAUAGACCAGGGGCGCCCCAAAGGUAGAUCUCCAGAUGUUGUAGAAAAACUCCCAUGAUGCUUUGCAUGCCUUUUGGAAUGCCUUUAGAAUGGCGAGGCAUCAUAGAAGCUGUAGUUUUAAAACCUUGGUUGAUCUACCUUUUGAGCACCCCUGUUUUAGACAAUAAUAGCAGGACUGGAAAUAAAGAAUUCUUCUAGUUUAGCUAUUUGGAUAUCACUUUGAGCUUCUAACUGUUCACACUUGGUGAAUAACUUUUUUGUUUGUGUUGACAAAAUGCAGUGCUAAAAUCAAGUAAAUUCCCAUGCUAUUUUCAUACACUGAAUUUUGCUUUUAAAUAUUGGUUUUGUGAAGUUGUAUUAUCUAUGUGGCUCUACAGUAGUACUCUGUUUCUGUAUUUUCUGUAAUGUGUGAAUUGUAGUUUUUGUGUAUUUGGUUAAUUUUUGUAUCAUAAUUUUCUCACCCAUGGGCAAUUUCCCAAUAAAAAGAAUUGGUCAUUCAAAAAUAAAAUACUUGUUUUUGCUUCUUUCUGCAAAUGUAACUUUCCCCCAACACACAUUUUGACAAGCGAUUUCAUUCAAUAUGCUUUAAUUUGUUUCCGCUAAAUUCCAUUAAAACUGCAGGGGUUUUCCCACAUGUAUAAUUUUGUACGUCAACUUUCUACUUUAAAUAUGUUAAUUACGUGUGUACAGCUUUGAUAUAUUUCAGAAAAGUGGAUAUGAUUAAAGGGAACCUCCGAGCACAUUAACAACUUCAUAGUUAUUGUGGUGCCAGGAGUCCCCUGGUGCUGACUCACAAAAUGGCUUGAUUAAAAUCUGCACAUUUCUCAAGCUGUUUUGUAUAUGUGAAUCUACUGAUUGACUUUGCGUGUCAGCCAAUGUUUCAAACCAAUCAACGCCGCUCUUUUGCGAGGCUUUCUGAUUCAAGCCUCGUAGAAAUGUGGAAGAAAAGGGGCAGAGCUAAAUGGUACUUGAUUCAAGAUAUUUGGGUUAAACUGUUUCUUAACGAUUGGUGACCUCCUGGCACCACCAUAACCUAAUUCCAAGGAAGUUGUUAUGGUAUCCGGAGUGUUCCUUUAAGACACUUCCUUUAAGACACAUUCCAAUAUCACGUGAUUGACAGAAGCCAAUUUGAAAUGUACUAAUUCUGUUCCUGUUCUAAGGUCUAGUCUGUUUAAAGACUCUCACAAAACAAAACAAUAGUAUUUAUUUGCAAAAUAGUGAUAUGUUUUCCAAAUAAACAAUGUUUUCAUAAUGACUACAAACACUAUUCUAGUAGUCACAUUGUUUCUGAUGCACUAUGGAAAGCACAUUAAUCAAACAUUAAACAUUACCUAUAAUGUGUGUUUUGUUUGAAUUUUUUUUUUCUUUUGCAAAUUGCAUCACAGUUCAGUCCAGGCACACACAGUAAGGGUAGACUGCCAAUGAAGUGUAGAAACAUGGUUUCUUUUCCCCCUUCUCAGUAUGCUUACUGUCCAGUGAAAAGGACAGAGCUUAUAACUGUCAUUGACAAGGAGCCAAAAUUGAAGCGCACAGUUAAAGGACAUAAAGGUGUGAAUUUCUUUAUAUAAUUUUAUUUUUCACACUUCUUAAAUGCAAAUUUGUUAAUUAAAAAUAUAUUUAAACAUAAUAUUUAACCUACUGUUGCCUUUUUUACUGAAUGAUUAUUGGUGGCUUUGGCAAAGUGGCAUAGAAGAAUGGAACAUAUUCUAAGAAACACAGUCCAUCUCCCAGGUUGGAUGUGUGUGUGUGUGUGUGUGUGUUUGUAUGUAUAUGUAUACAUAGAUACAUAUCUAUCUAUCUCAGGUAUAUGUUAAAAGCAGGUUUAAAGGGACACUAUAUUCAGCUCAUUAACGUUUUCUGGGUACAGUGUUCCUAUUGCACUCAGUGCUGCAAUGUAAACAUUGCAGUUCUAGAGAAAUUGCAAUGUUUACAUUGCAGCACUAAGUCUGCCUCCAGUGGCUACCUACUAGACAGCCACUGGGGGGGCACUUCCUGGAUAUUAAUGAGCUCACUGAUGCUGGACGUCUACAUGUUCUGCAUUAGAACUUCCAGCAUCAGCUAUUUCCCCAUAUGAAAGCAUUGAUUCAAUCCUAUGGGGAGGCCUAAUGCACGUGCAGCACUCGUCAUUAGCGCCUGCUCGUCAAGGGAUGUUGGAGCCGCAACCCAGCGCCGAGGGACAUCGAUGCGGGGAUCAGGUAAAAAUAAAAAAAAUUUGUAACCCUUUAUUCGCCAACUAAGGGGGGGAAGGGGAGGGGGAGGGGUGAGGCAGAGGGAGCUAUAGUGCAUGGAAUACUUUGUGUUCCUGCCACUAUAGUAUCCCUCUAAACUAGAUUAAGGACCUAAUAGUCAUUUUGAAUGCAAUUUAAUAAAAAAUAAAUAUAUUUGGAAGUAAAUGUCUGGACAAACACAUAUUUUAAAAUCUCAUCUUAAUGCUUGCUUAAAAAGAAAAAAAUGCGAACGUGAAAAGUAUGUUACCUAUAUGAAAUAAACCAUGUACUGAAACUUUCUUGCUGCACAAAGGGAAAAUUAAACCAAAGACUUCCACAAUAGGUUAAUUUCUUCCUUCAAUCUUUUUGGUCAUCCAGGAAGAGGUUGGGUUACACUUUAUAGAUUGGUUCUUUAGUAUGGAUUUAUUUAAUUCGUGCUUCCUUUAUUAUUAGGGUUACAUAUAUUAUUGUCACUGUUAUAAGCAGGAAUCUGGCAAGCAGUCGUGGGCUCCGUGAUGUUAUUUAUGCUGCAUUAACGUCUCUCUCCAGAUCAUUGAGGCUGAACAUAUGAUGGACCGGAUUGUGAAUGGCUUAUCAGAGUCUAGUGUCAAGGUGCGGUUAGCAGCAGUCAGGUACGAAAUAAAUUGUCAAGUCUUCCAAACUUCCUGCCCUUUGCAUCUUCACGCAUCACACUAGACCCCUAACAUGUUCAUAUUGAAAUGGUUUAUGCAGUGGAAAGUGCAGUGAUUUUUAACAUCAGUUAAUGCAAUUAGCUAAUUUACUGCUAGAAUUACUCUCGCAUCACGAGAAACAAUAUUUUUGGAAGAAAUCCCUCCGUCAAUUACUUCCAACAAACGAGUAAUCCACAGAUAAGAACCAUUCGAUCCAUCUAGUCUUCAGAAUUUUCUAAAUACUUUCAUUAGUCCCUAGCCUUAUCUUAUAGUUAGGAUAGCCUUAUGCCUAUCCCACGCAUGCUUAAACUCCCUCACUGUGUUAACCUCUACCAAUACUUUCUUAUAUUAUUUUAAACAUUUGCCCCUCUAAUUUAAGACUAUGUCCUCUUGUUGUGGUAGUUUUUCUACUUUUAAAUAUUGUCUCCUACUUUUUUGUGUUGAUUCCCUUUAUCUGUUUAAACAUGUUAUGGUGAUAUAUCAUUUGAUUAAGUGGCAAUGUGGCUUAUAAACUAUAAGGACUUUUUGAAUGCAAGGCUUAAAACAUUGAGCAUCAACUCUCCCUACUGACAUGUUGUUUCCUUCUAUAACAAACACAUUUCCAGACCCCCAUGUUCCUGCAUAAUGCUUUGCGACAUGUUAAUGUUUUCUUGCAAAGAACCAAGCACAGUCAUGCAUAUUAUGAUGACUAUAAGUGUUGCGUGUCUUAAGUCCUUUUUAGUGUUUUGUGAAACACAUCUUUGUUGCCCAAUUUUCUGUUUAGACUUUAUCAUUAAAACCUAGUUUACCCUGGUAAUUUUUUUUUGUACGUUUAGUUAAAAGUGGGUCCUAAUUGUAUAUUACAUUUUCACUUUACCUCUGUGUUAGUGUAGUUCUGGACAAUUAAUUGUUCAGUCAUAUGGUUUAAAAAUUGUUUUGUGGAAUUGUGUCCAAUAUGUUUGUUUUAUUAAUUUUUUCAUUAUUUUUGUUAUACUUUGAGCACAGUCUAUUCUUUAGAGGGGCAAAUAAAAAAAAAAAAAUGUUUAAAUUCUGUAUGAAAAUAUUAUCUAUUUGAUACAGUUUAUUAUUUAAAGGGACACUAUAGUCACCUGAACAACUUUAGCUUAAUGAAGCAGUUUUGGUGUAUAGAACAUGCCCCUGCAGUCUCACUGCUCAAUCCUCUGCCAUUUAGGAGUUAAAUCCCUUUGUUUAUGAACCCUAGUCACACCUCCCUGCAUGUGACUUGCACAGCCUUCCAUAAACACUUCCUGUAAACAGAGCCCUAUUUAGGCUUUAUUUAUUGCAAGUUCUGUUUAAUUAAGAUUUUCUUAUCCACUGCUAUGUUAAUAGCUUGCUAGACCCUGCAAGAGCCUCCUGUAUGUGAUUAAAGUUCAAUUUAGAGAUUGAGAUACAAUUAUUUAAGGUAAAUUACAUCUGUUUGAAAGUGAAACCAGUUUUUUUUUCCAUGCAGGCUCUGUCAAUCAUAGCCAGGGGAGGUGUGGCUAUGGCUGAAUAAACAGAAACAAAGUGAUUUAACUCCUAAAUGACAGUGAAUUGAGCAGUGAAAUUGCAGGGGAAUGAUCUAUACACUAAAACUGCUUUAUUUAGCUAAAGUAAUUUAGGUGACUAUAGUGUUCCUUUAACCUAAAAGACAAGUUAUCUGGUGGUAUUUCUAUGAUCAGGGUUCACAUAUUGCUACAAUUUGCUAUGGUAUGUUAUGUGUCUUUCUUUCUAGAUGUUUACACAGUCUGUCCAGAUCCGUACAGCAGCUACGGACAAGUUUUCAGGAUCAUGCAGUGUGGAAGCCCUUAAUGAAGGUAUCUCAGCUUGGUGCUUUAUAUUUACAGCUACGAGUGUUUAUUAUGAUAUAUAUUUUUGAGAAUGCUGUUUUAUAGCAGUAUUAUUAUUAUUAUUUUUUUUUUUUUUUUUAUAGUUCUGGCAUGGGGAGAAGUGUGACAGCUAAACAAGUUGUGAAAAUAGUUGUCUUUGUUUUUAUAUAUAAAAAACAUUGUUCUAAUACAAACUAUCAAGAUCCAUUAUGUUCCCUUAUCCCUCUCCCCCAUGGGAGAAUUAGAUAAUUUUUUUUAAAUUUAUUUUUUUACAAAUGAGUCAGACCGUUAUUACAUUUUAUUUGGGAUUAACUAGAAUAUGUGAACAUUUUUUUUUUUUUUUACUUAAAUCAUUUGGGUUAUCAGAAUAAACAAACCGUAGAUGAGCAGCUUGAGGAACUGAUCUACCACUUUUGCUUUACAGCAAAACUUUAUUUGUAGGAGUUGUAAUUCUGCAACUCGUGUCCUUUUCCUUAAUUGGAUGCAACAUGUGGAAUUGCCAUAGAAUUUUAGUAUAUACUUCAAAAGUUGUGUUCCAAAUUUUUCCUGCUGUCUUCAUUUUACCUAGUAAUCUCUGAUACUAAAAAAUAUUUCUGCACCAUAGUUAGUAAAAUAUUACUGAAUUAAUAAUUUGGUUACAACUUGAAACUUGGUUUAUAGUCUGUAGCAAAACCUUUUAUAUGUAGAUUUAGUUUUGUGGGGUAUUUUUCCAAUUUUUAUUUUUUUUUAUGGGUUUUUUUUAAGUUGCGUAGCUACAAUUUAUUUUACACUAUCUACUCCUAUUUCUUACUCUGAUUUAAAGUCAGCAGUAAAAUGUGGCAUUGUUGGCGCAAUUACAAUUAAAUGCCACAAAGUAACAUGGUUAAUAGGCUUAGAUUUGGUCACCUCACAUUAGAAUGGGGGGUGGGGGGAUAAUAGAACUUUGACAAUGAUGUGAUUGUGUGUUUCCGGCAUCUCAGAAAUAGUUGUAAUCCUGGUUGUUUUAUGUACAACAGUCUUUAAAGAGUAACUUCAUAUUGAGUAAAAAAACAAACAAACUAAAAUCAACCAAGUUUAACCUUUCUCAUAUCUCUGCUUGUGCUGUUGAUCCAAGAGAAAUCAAGUGUACAGAAAUUAGUACAGUAAAUAAAAUACAAUAAAAUAAGAAAAUACAGUGUGUAUCAGUUUGGUGGGUGAAAACUUAAUGAGAGAGCAGAAAAUGACUAGCUAUGCUGUCAGAAAGGUCUCAAAUUCUGAACUCUGAACCAUAAUCACUUGUAAAACAGCACUGUGCAAAAGGGCACUUCUGUAAGAACAAAAUUACCAGUUAACAAUCUGGAGAAAAUAAAGGGCGAUUAUACAAUGUAUGUCGUUCCUGUUGCAAAAUCCAUUCAUCUGUCAGCUCUAUGUAGCUAAUCAAUGUUACACAGUUCUUGAGGGAUGCAAUUCCAACUGUUUGGUACCAAGUGUGCUUUAAUACUAAUGGCACCAAGCUUAGUAAUGCAGUGAUACUUUGGCAACCAUGGUGUAUUGCUGUUUUAACGGAUUAUGGUUUGUUUGUUAUUUUGCCCUGGUUCGCUGCAGAACAACAAAGCCCGCAUCUGCUAGUAUCUGGCUGAAAUUUAUCAGCCAAUCAUUGUUCCCCAUUGCUUUAGUGGAGGAUAUGUGUAUAUACUAGAAACGUCCUGUGUGGCCAUGCAUGCACACAAAAUGUAUGCUUUGCCUAUGCCUUCACAGGGUGGGGAAGGCAUAUAGCUGCAGCACUGUAGUAACAUCUGGGGACAGGAACCAGGUACUCCUGAACCAUACCCUAAGCAAGAAGCAUAGGUGGUGUUUUGUGGUCACUUUAACAUUUAAUUAGAAUUACAUAUUAACACGCCAGCUACUAGUUUUCAAGUAAGUAUUUAUUGAGUGUGUAUCUGCCAGCUGAGCCAACAAAACAUAUUGACCUCUUCCUCUUUACUGACUUUACAGGUCUUACAGAAUGCUCCUGAUGACAUCCUUGUUGUAGCUUCUUCGACGUUAUGCAAUCUUCUCCUGGAGUUUUCCCCUAGUAAAGAGGUGAGUGUCUGUGGAAUACCCAACCCUUUACGGUUGUUGUUAGAAUGGAUGACAGUGUACAGUUGGUUAUAUAUAAAAUUGAAUUAUGUGUGUAUUUAUAUGUGUCUAUAUGUGUAUGUGUGUGUGUAUGUACAAACACUCAGAUAUUGGUGGAAUCCAUCAUGUUUAAAUAAAACACUCAUGCUGCACAAUGUUUCUGUAUUAUAAGCAUAUGUUUAGCUCUUAAUGCUCUUUACAUUUAUAUAUAUUUAUAUGCAUCUCUUUACCCCUAGCCUAUACUGGAAUCUGGAGCUGUAGAAUUGCUGUGUAGUUUGACUCUCAGUGAAAAUCCUGCCCUCAGAGUCAAUGGGAUCUGGGCUCUUAUGGUGGGUAGUUUGCAUUAUGUUGCAUACUUCCAAAUAUUUCAAAUGGAAAAGAAGGACAAUUUAAUUUUAAGGGUGUGAGUGGGAGUGUGGCCGGGCUGGGGUGGUUCUGCAAAGUUUUAGGUGACUUACAAAUAACAGUUUGUGGAACUAAGAUAUAAUGUGGAAUAGUAAUAAUAAUGUAUCUUUACACAAACUGAUUUCUAAAUAGAUUUGUUGCUCUGUUAAACAUUCGGACACACAAACAAUUUUGAGUUCCUAUUAAAAAGAAUAUUGUGAUAGAAAUAAAAGAACAGAUAAAUUUGUGCCCAAAAUAGGGAUUGUCUCUCCCUAUAAAUAGGGACACUUGUAAAGUAUGAUGUUGCACUACAAAAUAAAAUUUGAUUCUUGCGCAGUUUGUGUGUGGAUGUGAAGGCCAGCUGUUGCAAGCAUUGCAGCAAGCCACUCAGACCAAUAUUAAAGGGACACUCCAGACUCCUUAAUCACUUUAGCUUGCUAAAAAACUUUAAGUAUGAAGAGUGUGUCUUCAUUGUUUUAUUUCAUUUUGUUUUCAUUGUACAAUAAGUACAGAUUUCAAUUGAAAUUGACAAAUUAACUUGGUUACCUCCCCCCCUGACUUUUCAAGCACACAACUGGUCCUGUUUCUUCUUGGUUCCAUUAGCUAAUUGGAGCCAAACUCAAGAGGCAGCAAUUGCCAAGAGCACCUGCCUUGCAAAGACUUCUCAUUGAACUGCAUUGGGAAGUCUGUGAUUGGACAGUUACGUGAAGUCUGGGCGGGGUUACAAGAGGUUGGCUUGCAAAGGCAGCAUUCAAGAGAACUGCAGGUUCUGCUAGCUGUUUUUAGCUAGAACUCAAAUGAAAAAAAUGCAUAAUUAAAUGCAUGUAUGUUUUGAUUUGGGGUGUAUUUACUAAACAGUGAUCUAUAUGUUGUAUGUUGGCAGUUGAGUGUCCCUUUAAUAAUAAAAACAAAGAUUGCAUGCUAAGAGUGAUAUUGCAUUUUAAUUUUGUUCUGCUAAAUGUAAGAGCAUAAAGGGAAAAGGAAACACACAUAAUUAGUGCCCCUCCCCAUUUAUUCCAUUAAAAGACAAUGAUGUGCUAAAACUGACCAACCUUCUAUGUUAUGUGCAUUUAUUAAUUUUUCACCACUACUUUGCAGUUGUAUUAAUAAUUUUGUAAAAGUUUAAACAUAAGUAACUUUAAAUACAUCCAGGAGUACAUUGCUUAAAAAGCAGGCAUGACUAAGGAGGCAGGCUUAUUUUGGUUAAAGCUGUAAAUUAUUAUAUUAUUUCGUUUUUAACAAAACUUUAAAAAUGGACAUACAUUGUGUUGGUGCUCAUUGUGUCUAUUUAUAUAAAUAAAGAUGUCUGAUUCAAUUUCUACUUUUGUAUUAAAAUAACUUGUAUGCUUCACAGAACAUGGCUUUUCAGGCGGACCAGAAGAUAAAGUCUGAUAUUUUGAGAGGUCUAAGUACAGAGCAGCUGUUCAGACUACUAUCUGAUUCUGAUGUCAAUGUAUUGAUGAAAACAUUAGGACUUCUGCGAAAUCUACUCUCCACACGCCCAGUAAGUGUACUUUUAUUUAACCCCUUUAUUUAUCCAGAAAUGUGGGUUCCUAAUUAAACCUUGAUUGCAAUUACCUAGUUCUAAUAGGCAAUAUUGUGAUCACCAAUUCCAGUAGAGAAUGGUUGCACACUUUCCUAGAAUCUCAAUGAUCAACCUGACAAUGUACCAAAUUAUUCUACAGCUGUAAUUCACUCUAAUAUGUGUUAUGCAGGAACUUAUACUUGAGUCAACAAUUCUGCAGUCCACAACAAUUUGUAAAUAUAAAAAAUUUAUUCCAAGUGCGUAAAAAACAUAAUUGAUCAUUUGUUAUGAUGAUUUUAAUACCAAACUAUAGAGUAAGCUGUAUUUUUAAACAUCCACUAAUUCAAAAGUAUGUGAUUGCAGCUUCCACUUGCUGCAUGUAACUUAUGUUUUAACCUUUUUUUUUAAAAAACAUCUAAACUAUUUUGCAUACACAGUAAAUGAGUAAGCCUGAUAAUGCCAUCAGGUGCAGCUUGAAAUCACUGUAGCACACAGUCUGCGGUGAGAUAAGAUGUAUUGAAUCAAACAACCACAGAGUUAGGCUGCUUUGUGUUUGUUUGAUGAAAGUCACUUUAUCUCUCUGCAGACUGUGUGCUGCUGUGACGGUUUAGAUUUGAAACAGGCUGCUUUUUCAGAGAUGUGAUUCGGAUCUUACCGCCUCUAAUACAGUUGUAGUCAAUCUUGAGCACUCGGGACUACAUCUCCCAUAAUGCUUUCACAGCCUUAAUGCUGGCAAUGCAUCAGGGGAGAUGUAGUCCAUAACAUCAGGAGUGCUGAAGAUUGCCUACCACUGCUCUAGAGACUAGGGCUGAAGGAUGCAUUGUCUGCUUUAUCAUUUUUCGACAGUAAGGCACAGACAUCAGCUCCCAUAUCAACACAUUGAAUGCAGUUAGUAUUAUAUAUGAAUGCUGCCAGUGUUUUAAAAGUGAGGUAAAGUGCAUUAACUCCUGAAGGACAAAUGAUAGGUAAAGCUAGCCCAUAAUGACCCUGCACCAUUAUUGCUUAUAUUCAGACCUGCCAUCAUUAAAUAAGUGGAACAAUACAAUUUGAUACAAGUUAUUAAACGGCUACUUUGCAAUACGACUUCUGUUGUUAUUGGUCUUUAAGAGGGUUAGUGUUUCCAAUCUCUACACGGAAGUCAUAAUUGAUUUAGUGUUAACGUUCAUGGAAGCAAACAAACAUUAUUGGUAUGAAAUGUUGCGUGCGAAUUUCUUCUGCUGCGUUUAUUUGAAUCAUGUGUGCUGGGCAUCCGCGCCAUGUUGCCCACAAUCCUUACUGUCUGACACUCUUUUCCUCUUUUUUUGCACUUCCAGCACAUAGACCAGAUAAUGAGUACCCAUGGGAAGCAGAUCAUGCAGGCAGUGACCUUUAUCCUGGAAGGCGAGCAUAACAUUGAGGUCAAGGAACAGGUUAGUGAUCACUAUCUAACUGCCAAAAGGCAUCUGCUUUUCACUGGGAGUUCCUCAUUAGCAUGGAACAAAACAUUACACAGUCAAGGACAGGCAGACUUUACUUUCUGAAUGCCAGGAUGAUUAGUACAAUGUGGGGACCAUAUUAAUAACUCUUGCCUUAUCUGCAUAGAGAGUAGAACCUUGACCGAUGAAAUGCAUGAAAGAGCACUUCCCAGCAAUGACUGUGGUUCCUCUUUUCCAUUUAAAACAUUGUCUAUUUCAUCUUCUGAUUCAUUCUAAAGAAAAAUUAAAGGACAAUAGCUUCUAAAUGUAAACAAAAACUGAACUGUAAUAUAUGUCUAUAUAUAAUAAGUCUAUGAAGGCAAUACAACAUACAUCCACAUUCUUGAUUAGAAUAGUAAAAAAAUAAAAAUGUUUCAUACAGAAAAACUGUUUUAUGUUUAAUAUAGCAUUGUCUCUCGUAUAAACGUAUAUAUCCCUGGCAAAUCAGUCUGCAACUGUUUAGACUGGAUUAAUGACUAAAAAUCUCCUAUGUGCCUGAAUUGUCAGUGUAGAUCAGGGGUGCACAAAAGGUAGAUCACCAGAUGUUUUAAAAUUACAGCUUUCAAAGUACUUUGUCAUUCUAAAGCAUUAUGAGAGUUGUAGUUCUGCAACAUCUGGGGAUAAACCUUUUGGGCACCCCUGGUGUAGAUAAUCUCAGUCAAGCCAAUGACAUAUUCACCUUCUGAUGUGCUUUGUUAUUCUUUCUCCACUAGACUCUAUGCAUUCUGGCCAACAUAGCAGAUGGAACAACGGCUAAAGACCUCAUCAUGACAAAUGACGACAUCUUGCAGAAAAUAAAGUAUUAUGUGGUAGGAAAAUAUGGUCAAGAUAUGACCCUGCAUGUUAUGUAGAUCUGUUUAACAUAUUAAAUUUUAUUACGAACAGUAUUUAUCAGUGGAGGAAUCUUUGGGCAUACUAGUGACACAAACAAAUAUAACUUACCUUAAAUAAUAACAAUAGAAUCCUCUUGACAUUCGUUAAUUUCAAUAGCACAUAAUUCUGUAUGUUAACUGAACAAGGAAUGUUAAGAAAUUGAAAAAGUAAAGAAAUUAUACUGAAUAUUCAUCUCUUUAUUUCAUCCUGUCCUAUUAUUCAGGGUCAUUCUAACCUGAAGCUGCAACUGGCAGCUAUGUUCUGUAUAGCGAACCUCACAUGGAAUGAAGAGGAAGGUGAGUUCGAGUUCAUUUUAUGUCCUGCUACCAACCCACAGUACACCCAUACCUUUCAUCUAUAUGCUUCUCACAUUUGUUUGAGUUGCACAGCAAAAUCUAGGUAAUGUGCGUUACCUUCUAUGUAAUGUGCACACACACACAGUGUUUGGAGGUUUUGGAAUGCUGGAGGCAGUUUGUAUGGUAUCUAUGCCUGUCUGGUGCCAUGUCAUCCAGCAGCAGAUGUUUAAAGGCUGAACGCACUGCACGAAGGUCGUUAAGGGAACACGCGGAGGGGUUCGCUUUAUGUUUAGAUUUCAGUUUGCGUUUGGAGGAAUGAAGUUCCAGCAGUCCAUGUGGAAGACAUGUAAGGUGUGGAAAUAUAAAUGGCAUUUUCUGCAUGGUCUGACCAAGAGAUUGAGUUCAUUUUAGUUCUGAAGGCCAGUUUAAAAGUAAGCCAAAACAAUGUAUCAUAAGAUGCAAUGAGUUGUACAGCUAACUGAGUAAAGAAGAAGGCAGGCACACUUUCUAGGAAGCACGAGUGCCGCUUCCAUUAACUCUGAGCUAACACAAGCAGAAAAAACAUCCCUGUCUGUAUGAGUGACAGCCAGGGUGAUGUUCCUGUCCCAAUUAUUAAAGUGCCAAUUUCUGUUUAAAUAACACUGUUAUAAACUCUUAUAAUGUGGUUUCUUUUUAAGAUUUACACCAGUAUCCUUUUUGUGAUUUUUGUAACAAGAAUUUGAGCAGAUCACUCUUACGGCUCUGGCAAGUUGUGUCUGAUGACAGGGUUACAGUAGAUGGGAUCAGAUUGGUUUGAAUAACAAACAUCAUGAACUAUCUUGCUUGAAUGAAAAAUUAAUGGUUGUCUCUGGCACUCCCUCUGCGAAAUGAGGAGACUCUUUAAGAGUUUUCUUUCAACAUUUUGAUUAAUCGUACCACUGGCUGUCCAAAUAUCUGGAAAUGGUUUAUAGCUAAUUAAAUAAAUGUUAAAGGGUUACUCCCAAGUUAUGAUGCCAAAAUCAGUACCUUCAAUACACAGAGAUCUGGUACCCAUGGACCCAAUACCUCCUCAAGCUCGCAAAGUAGGCCAGAAACUCCCGCGCCCAAAUGCAAUCACUCUCUCCCUCCUCACAAUACCCCCAGAACCCAAUCAAACAUAGUUAAGCCCUCAAAUGCCCACAUGUCCAAGGCUGGACACAAUGCCGCAUGAUGAUUGGAAAUAGGGUAUACUGUUAUUAGCCAGGGGAAAUAUAUAACCAUUUGCUUAAGUGUAAUUGUAUGCUCAAACUUCAUGUUUAUGAUAUCAGUAUGCUCACUUGUAUCGUUCCUACAUAGCACCAGCAACCACCAAUUAGGUAACUGUGGCAGACACUUCAAGAAAAAUCUGAUGAAACGAAUGUUAUUUCAUUGUAUUUUGAUUUACCGCAUGAAAAUGUUGUACUACUUACAAUUUUGAAAUACAAAUUUAAAAAUAAAUAAAUAAAAACCUUCAAAAAAAAAUAAAAAAUGUUUGAUGCCAAGAGUACCCUGGCCCAUUUUUCCAGUAAUAAGGAAAACUGUUUUGCAAUGGUUAUCCUCUUACCUAGGUCCUGGCCGGACUCCAAAAGUUCUCUACAGAAGGUGACAACAUCUGGCUUCUGCAGAAUCAGAAGUUGGUCAUCUCAGCCAUUCAUUAGUUGAGCGUGUCGGCUCACCACUGUCAACCAAUGAGUGCAAUUCUGUGCAUAGAAACAUGCAGAGAAUUAAAGGGACUCUCCAGUUCCAGGCAGGAUGCUGCAGUGCCCCUCUCCAUCCCAUGUUGCUGAAGGGGUUAAAACUCCUUCAGACACUUACCUGAAUCCAGUUAUGGCCGCGCGCAUUAGACCUCCCCAUAGGAAAGCAUUAUUCAAUGCAUAGCGUGAGGACGUCCAGCAUUGUUUAAAAAAAACCUUUACACUCUGAUAGACAGCCACUAGAGGAGGACUUAACCCAGCAAGGUAAUUAUUGCAGUUUAUAAAAACUGCAAUAAUUACACUUGCAGGAUUAUGGGUGAUGGGAGUUGCCACCCAGACCACUCAAAUGGGCAGAAGUUGUCUGGGUGCCUGGAGUGUCCCUUUAACAUUAUCCAGGCAGGAAAUCUUGUUCCAGGCUGGCUAAUGGAUGCUCCAGUGCUGCUGUUGGAGGUUUACAUACAGACUCAAGACAACAUGACCAUUUUUAAAUCUUUUAUAACUGGUAGAACUCUUCUAUAAUUGCUUUUGUUAGUCUUACAGUUGGUCUCAAUUAAAAAGUAGGGUAUAUGUUUUUGACUAGUGAGAUCAUGAAGUUUUUUUGCGAGUUCAAUAAUUUAGUCUUCUUUGUUCUAUCCCUAGGUUCACAAGAACGCCAAGAUAAACUGCGGGAAAUCGGAAUUGUUGAAAUACUCCACAAACUUAGCCAGUCAACAGAUCCAAAUCUCUGUGACAAGUAAGUGUUUAGCAGAGAAACCUGGACUCGAAAUGUGGUUUUAGGUGUAAUCUUAUUGGAGAAAUUUAAAUUGGGAUAAAUAUAUAAACUGUGCUUCAACAGGAAUUACACUUUUCACCCUAAUAUAAUAUUAAGUAACUUUAAUAAUACAUUCCUUUUACAUUUCCUCCUCUUGAUUCCAUUCAUUUGCUGUAAAAGCCAUAUUACUUUCAGAGAUUAGUUAUAGAUAGUUUUUUUUACAGUUUCAGACUUUGCUGCGUGAUACCUGCUGAGUAUCUUCUCAAAUUCCAUACUUAAAGCUGAACAGCAAUUUGUCUGUCUUUUAAUGUUCCAAAGAAAUAAUGUAGGAAUAUUUUUUGUUUAUUUAUUAUCUUUUUCUGGCUGUAAUAUUCCCUCUAUACAUAAUCAAUAUGGGUCAUUGAAGGAACCAAUUUUUCUUAUAUCACAAUUUUAAUUUAUUAUACAGUUAAUAGCAUUUGCCAGAAUGAUUACAGUACUUAGUUUAGAAUGCUAAUGAAACAAAAUUGUUUGCUUCAUGUUUUCCCUCAGGGCAAAAACAGCACUUCAACAGUACUUUGCAUGAACGUUCAAAAGAGUCGUCAUCCCUCCACCGAAUUCCAUUCCCAACUUUCUCAACACCUGUUGACAAACUAGCCUGGUUUUCUCAUAAGUGCACACAGUCACCUUGGACUUUCUAUGCUCCGUGCAGCCCAUCUUAACAAGUAGCUGCACCUGGAAAGACUACUUUGUAUAACCCCUUCAGCCCUAAAGGAGUUAUUAGUAUUAUUAUUAUUUUUGGUUUUUUUUGUACGUUUUGGGAUUUUUCUGUGCUAACAUUGAUUUUUAUGCUAUUGCUGCAACCUCUUUGUGUGCGUGGCUAAAUACCUCAACUCCCUAUCAUUAUUACUUACAGAAACCUCUGGAGACUCAGAAACAAGAGUUCAGAACCAUCUUCCAUUUUGUUUUUAUAUUUUUUUUGUUUUUUUUCUUCCCUCUAACAGAUUCCCCAGGGCAUGUAAUCAGAUUUACUGAAAACCUUCAAAUUCUAUACAGUUUGUAAAAAUUUUAUUUAAGAAAAAAAAAUCUAUGUAUAAAUAUAAAUAUAUAUAAAUACACAUGCUCAAGAAACACACAGGACAUUAAGUGCCGCAAAAGUUUGUUUAAAUUUUUGAGCAGACAGAUAUUUGUAAGUAAAAUUAUAUGCAUUUCUGAAGUGAAUCUUUGUAUAUAUUUUUGGUUUUCUACAAAUACAUGGGUGACUGCCUAUUCAAGCAAAGCUGAGUUAAUUAAAGCUUUUCUCUUUUAUCUUGAGUUCAUUUUAUGAUUCAUUUUGUAAGUCUAUGUGCCUUGUUUAUUAGGGUUAAAGGAGGGAGGAGGGUUAAAG